AUGACGGACUUCAGCUGCAGCUGGUUGGAAGGAUCCUGUGUUGAAGAGGUUGAAAGUCUACGUGUCCCUGACUUCCACGGGGAGACCAGACCAGGCAUAUGUGUUUGGCUAAAGGACUUCCUGCAGGAUAUCACAUAUCUCAGUGAAUAUAGUCUUGGAAAACCUGAGCUGGCCCCACGAGGAUUGUGUGCGAAUAGCUGCUCACCUGGAUCAAGGAAGCAGACAAGACCUGGAGAGCCGGAGUGUUGUUUUGACUGUGUACCAUGCCACGACGGUGAUAUUAGUAAUGUGACAGAUGCUCUAUUUUGUACCAAGUGCCCUUUGGAAUACUGGUCUAAUGAACUCAGAACUGAAUGUUUACUGAAGGAGAUCGAAUUCCUAUCCUUUAGUGAUGGCAUGGGUGCCACCUUGGCUGGCUUUGCUGUUGGAGGUGCCUGCUUAACAAUAGCCACCAUUGUCGUUUUCUAUAACUACAGACACACCCCGCUAGUCCGUGCUAAUAACUCGGAGCUGAGUUUCAUUAUUCUGUUCUCGUUGGGCCUCUGUUUCCUGUGCGCCCUCACGUUUAUUGCCAGCCCAUCUCACUGGUCUUGUGUUCUGCGUUUCACGGUGUUUGGGGUGACUUUUGCCAUGUGCCUGUCAGGGAUUCUAGGCAAGACAAUUGUUGUAUUAAUGGCCUUUAAGGCCAGAUAUCCCCAAAACAACGCCAUGAGAUGGUUCACUCCCAACCGCCAGCGAAUGGGCGUGUUAAUCCUUACUCUUAUCCAGUUUGCAAUCUGCAUCUUCUGGGUCAUUGACUCUCCUCCUUAUCCGUUCAAAAAUUCAUCCUAUUAUGCACACAUCCUGAGCUUGGAAUGUCAGGUGGGGUCCAACGUUUACUUUUGGGUGGUUUUCAUUGUAAUUUUCCUCUUGACCGGGAUAACGCUGGUUUUUGCAUUUUUCGCUCGGAAACUUCCAGACACCUUCAACGAGGCGACGCACAUAACUUUUAGUCUGAUCAUCUUCUGUGCAGUCUGGAUUACCUUUUUCCCCGUGUAUGCAAGUGCCCCGGAGAAAUACGCUGCCUCUGUGCACGUGUUCGCCAUUUUAGCAUCCAGCUUUAGCCUGCUGCUAUGCAUCUUUGCCCCAAAGUGUUAUAUCAUCUUGUUCAAGCCACAGCUGAACUCCAGAAAACUACUCCUGACCUUCUCAACCUCAUGA